AUGUGCAAUGUAAUCAGGUCCAGACUCAAUAUGAUUCAUCGUGCCUUUUAUGCUGUGAUGGUUAAAGUUGUCGACGAAGAUUCACCACCAUCAUCAAGUCAGCGUAAAAGGCGGCGUGUUUUCCUUGAUUCAAGUGAUGAGGAAAAUAGUAAAGAACUGUCUAAUAAGUGCGUUUCACCAAAACCUAACUCAGAUAAGUUAUCAAAUGCCACUGGUCAUUUUGCGAGAGAUUUAACUAAUGCCUUCAGUAUCACGUCUUCGCCAGCCAGGAAAAACAAGUCUCCAGUUAGAAACUCUUCCCCAAUCCGUUCAGCCCCGAAAAGUGGCAUAUUGAAUGCCUCCGCAAAUUCAAAUUUUGCCUUGGAUGUGGGCGAUGAAGGCACCGAGGGAUCUUGGCCUCAUCUAACGUACCCGUUUCUAAAGCCUGAUCGGAUCAAAGACUCAUGUGGUCGUCGUCCAGAUCACCCCGAAUACGACCCAAGAACUCUUUUUGUGCCAGAAGAAUUCCUUAGGAAGCAAUCGCCUGCUCUGCGCCAGUGGUGGAUUCUCAAAUCACAGAAUUUCGACACACUUCUGUUUUUUAAAAUGGGCAAGUUCUACGAGCUCUACCACAUGGAUGCAGUUAUCGCUGUGGAGGAGUUACGUCUAUCUUAUAUGCGAGGUGACUGUGCUCAUUCUGGGUUCCCAGAAAUUGCCUUUCAAAGAAUGGCGGAUCGUCUACUCAACCGCGGUUAUAAAGUAGCGCGAAUCGAACAAACGGAAACCCCUGAGGACAUGGCUAAGCGAACAAGUGGCCGCCCAGGUUCGGACAAAGUGGUGCGUCGGGAAAUAUGCCAGGUCAUCACUCCUGGGACUUGGUUUGCGCCUCUACGUAACGGAAUUUCUUCUGAUAACGCUGCAGAAACCUCGUUCGCAUCGUCGUCUUCCCAACCCGCUACUCAACCCGAACUAGAAAUCGACCUUGGAUUCAACCGACACCUUUUGGUAGUUCUCGAGGAACCGAUUAAUGGCAGUUCGAAUACUCAGUUUGGCGUAGCUCUACUAAAAGCCGCUACGGGAGAAAUCAUGAUUGGCCAAUUCUUGGAUGAUAUUCACUACUCCCGCUUGUGUACAACUAUUGCCCAUUUUCCACCGUCGCAGAUCUUGUUCGAACGAGGUAAUCUGAGCAGCAAGUUGCGUAGAAUACUAAAGGCUCGUCUUCCGGAUGUCCCAUUUGAGGGUCUGGCCAGUGGGAAGCAAUUUCUUUCGGCUCGCGAGACCAUUUGUACUUUGGAAUCAGGCAAUUAUUUUUCCCUCGCCGCCGGAGAAGAUAAUGAUGAAUCAGGAGACUCGGUGUUGUUGCGCCAGACAAAAGCGGGUUGCUGGCCCCGAGACCUGUUGCGGAUGCUUGACCCAGUUGAUACCCUUGGGAGGACCCCCUUGCCGGAGUAUGAGCUGGCUCUUCGGUGUCUCGGCGCCGUAGUGUUUUAUCUGCACUAUUGCCUCACCGACACAGAGAUCCUCUCCCUGGGUCUCAUUCACGAGUACCGUCCAGCUGAUGCUGGCAAUCCCCCGGCUUUAGCGAAAUCCGCCUCCAGUGAGCCCUUUUACGAGCGACAAGUGAACAUGGUACUCGACAGUGUCACGCUGGAGAAUCUCGAAAUUCUGUCCAGCAACUUCAACGGAUCAACGGAAGGCACUCUUCUUGAAAGACUAGAUUCGUGUUGUACAUCAUUCGGUCGCCGCAUGUUGCGAUCGUGGAUAGUGAACCCACCUUGUCACCCUGUUGCCAUCACCAAGCGCCAAGACGCUGUGGAGGAACUGAUGGAAUUGUCUGUGCAAUUGCAAGGCAUUCGUGAUAGCCUCAGGCGAUUACCCGAUCUCGAGCGUCUACUUACGAAAAUCCAUAUAAUGGGCUGGAAUGCCGCGAGACCUGAUCACCCGGAGACACGGGCAAUUGUUGUGGAUGAAACCAUCUACUCGAAGCGAAAAAUAACCGACUUUCUCAUCACCCUAUGUGGCUUCAAGUCAGCUAUGCGUAUUGUCCAAGACUUCUCGCAAUUCAAUCCCAGGUGUGAGCUCCUCCACUCGAUUACCACCCUGCGUCCGAAUGGAGGAGCUUUUCCUGAUUAUGCUGAAAAGCUGGCUCUUUUUGACAAAGCAUUUGACCACGAACAAGCAAAACGAGAUGGCUGUAUUGUUGUGGAACCGGGUUUUGAUCCAGAAUUUGACAAAGCUUGUCAAGGCCUCGAGGAGGCUGAGCAGAAAAUGGAGGACUUUUUAGCGGAACAAAGUGACAUUAUAGGUUGUCAGUUAUCCUACACUGGAACUGGGAGGAACCGUUUUCAAAUUGAAGUUCCUGACGCUUACAUGGGUAGGGUUCCGCGGUUCUGGGAGGCCACUGGUCAGCGGAAGGGCUUCAAGCGCUUCCGUCCGCCUGCAAUAAACGAACUGUUCGCUCGUCUUGUAGCCGCCGAGGACGCCAAACAAGAGAGCUUACAGGGCAUCAUGCGGCGCCUCUUUGCGUCCUUCAGCUCAAGUUUCUCUGACUGGCAGGCUGGCGUUAAGUGCAUCGGCGAGUUGGAUUGUCUCCUCUCAUUAGCCAAUUACAGCGCCUCUGCAGCUGCAGUUACUUGCCGUCCGCAAUUAUGCCCCCUCGAUCUCGAUACAAAGCCGUUCUUGGAGAUCUUGGGUGGUUUCCACCCGUGUCUUAUGCGAAGCUUCGCUGGCGGCGACAUAACGCCGAACGACCUGCAGUUGGGUCUUAUUUCCGACCAGAAGGAAAAAACCGUGACGGGUUUCAAGCCGGGCGCAACAACUCUACUGAUAACCGGACCCAACAUGGGCGGCAAGUCAACCCUCAUGCGUCAGACUGCCCUUCUGGUCAUUCUCGCUCACCUGGGGUGUCAUAUUCCGGCUACAAGCUGUCGCCUUACGCCUGUCGAUCGAAUAUUCACGCGAAUCGGUGCCUCGGACCGUCUGAUUUCGGGCCAAAGCACUUUCUACGUGGAGCUCGCUGAAACAGCUGUCAUCCUGAACCACGCAUCCCCACACAGCCUGAUUCUCAUCGACGAACUUGGCCGGGGCACGUCAACACGUGACGGCUCCGCGUUGGCCGCUGCCGUUCUCAAACGCCUAUCAUGUCCGCCGCGCGGUCCCGGCCCGCUCACACUCUUCUCCACGCACUAUCAUCACUUGGCCGAGUCACUGCAAAAGAACAAAUGCGCCUUCGCCGGCGCGCUUGACAUCGGGCACAUGGAUUGCCUAGUUGGUGACGGUGAGCAAAAGGAUCAAACGGGGGAGAAUGAAACCGGUGCCGAGACGAUUAUUUUCCUCUACAAACUUGUGCCAUCGGCUUGUCCCAAGAGCUACGGUUUCAAUGUCGCCCGUUUAGCCCACAUUCCCGAACAGGUACGUUUACAUCUGCUUGUUUUCGGUAUACUAAUGAAUUAG